CUGCGUUUCCCCAUCGACUGAACCUCUUCUACUUGGCCAACGAUGUGAUCCAGAACUGCAAGAGGAAAAACGCCAUCGUCUUCAGGGACACCUUUGCAGAAGUGCUCCCCGAAGCUGCUUCCCUGGUCAAGGAUCCAUCUGUAUCCAAAUCCAUUGAAAGGAUCUUCAAAAUCUGGGAGGACCGAAACGUGUAUCCUGAGGAAACCAUCCUGGCACUGAAGGAGGCUCUGAGUACCACUUUCAAAACUCAGAAGCAGCUGAAAGAAACUCUCAACAAACAACCGAAUAAGCCGUGGAAGAAAGCACAAACAGCCACCAACCCGAAAGCUGCUUUGAAGUCCAAGAUUGUUGCAGAAUUCCGGCCCCAGUCUCUCAUCGAUGAGCCUGAGGAGCUCCUGGAGCAUGGUUGGGAAGGCAAAAUUCCACUCUUUGGGAAGUCUAAAGAGUGCAAGAAUAAAACAGGAGGGAAGAAGUUCUCCAAGGAGUUUGAAGAAGCAAGUUCGAAGCUGGAGGAGUUUGUCAAUGGCUUGGACAAGCAAGUGAAGAAUGGUCCCUCUCUCACAGAGGCCCUGGAAAACGCUGGGAUAUUUUAUGAAGCUCAGUAUAAGGAAGUCAAGGUGGUGGCAAAUGCCUACAAAACUUUUGCCAACCGCGUGAGCAACCUGAAGAAGAAGCUUGACCAGUUGAAAGCAACACUUCCUGAUCCCGAGGAGUCUCCUGUCCCUUCCCCAAGCAUGGAUGCACCAUCUCCAACGGGCUCCGAGUCUCCGUUCCAAGGGAUGGGAGACGAGGACAAUUCCCACUCGCCGCCUGUGACGGAUAACCGGGAUGUGGAGGACAUGGAGCUCUCCGAUGUGGAGGAUGAUACCUCCAAGAUCAUCG